UUUUACAAACUUUACAUUCUCAUAAGUUCAUCCCGUGUAACCACUAAUAAACUUUGCCUGGACUUACGACGUCCUCUCAGAAGAGACAUCCGAGAGCAAAGGGUUAAUUUCAAUGGUCCAAAGUUACCACGAAUCGAUCAGCGGCUCGGUCGACCGGGAUUCGAGUAGAUCGUCGUAACAGAGCCGUCGGUCGGUGGCGGGGCACCAAGGUAUGUAUGCGCGACGUAAGUCCAGCCGCUUAAUUAAGCGUGCGCGAGUGUACGCGACCCUCUCCCCAUCCCACCCCCGUUCGCGUGGGGUAGAAAAAAGAUCAAUAAAAUCCCUAGUCUACGGGCGACCGCAUUCAUCGGCCACCCCAUUUCUACAACAUAUUUUGCAACCUCACCCCCAAGCAAGCCGGGUUUGCCUGGUCCCCCACCAUCGCGAGCAGGACGGACCUCCCUCUUCGGCAGCCCCACGUGCUCGUUUCACCCCCACCGGGUUCGCGGUCACCCCGUAGGGGUGGUGGAGGCCCGUAGCCGAGAACCAGUUUGCCAGACCACCACUAGGUGGCGAUAGAACGCGAGGAAGGGAGUCGAGUCGCGAUUGAACACGAGGGAGACCGAAUGCUCGCGUAGUGGGAGGAAAAGAGAAGGCCUUCGCGUAUGGCUACCCCUACCCCCGCUGGCUUCUCUCCAUCGAGCAACUGGAGGUUCUCAUCAGGCUGUCAGUUAGUGCCGUGGCGCCGUGACGGUACGGUGUUGUUGGUUGGUACGUCGCUUUUCGACCGAUCGUUUGCCUCGCGAAACGUGUGUCUCACAUCCGAUGGGGACCUUGCUCCGAACGGACCGAUCGUGUCGCGAAAGACCCAUCCUAAAGCAGAGAUAAUCAGUGAUUUUUAUUAAUUAUUUUUUUUUUUUUUUGGAGUGACUAAAGAAGUGUGAUUUUUUUUUUUAUUUCUCGGAAGGAUACGAUUUUUUUUCCACGAGGACAAUCGCGUAGUUCGUAGACCAUAGUGCGCUUGUAUAUGUAUAACGUGCGAGGUGUACCACCAGCGAAGUGAGCUCGAAUUUUCAUCGAGAUCGCCAGAAAAGGCGGGAAGAGAGAGCCCGACUGUGAUCGAUGAUUUCUUACGUGCUGUUCGGUGUGUGUGAGUUCUACGCCUGAUCGACGUCGGUGCAGUAAGCGGUGCGACAAAUAAGCUGAAGGGCAAUAAAUUUCGCGAAACCGACUUCAUGAGGAAACGAAGCGGUUAUGAGAGUUCGAUGACCAGUGGCUAGCGGACCAUCCAUCGACGCCACCAUGGACUACCUGCAGACGUGCCUCAUCUUCUACCUAUUGAACCUCUGUUUCUCCGGAGGACGAUCUAUAGACAUAUCACAAUGCAUCGCACCCCUGGGGAUGGAAUCUGGUGUGAUUCCCGAUGCAGACAUCACAGCGAGCUCGAGUUUCGAUAGCGGAAACGUCGGGCCACAUCACGGACGGCUGAGGCAAGAGAGCCACGGAGGAGCCUGGUGCCCGAAGCAGCAGAUCACGACGGAGCCACGCGAGUGGCUGGAAAUCGAUCUUCACACGGUCCACAUGAUCACCGCCACAGGCACUCAAGGCCGGUUUGGUAACGGCCAAGGUGUCGAAUAUUCGGAAGCUUACAUGCUGGAGUAUUGGAGACCGAAGCUGGGAAAGUGGGUCCGAUACAGGGACGUGAGGGGCGAGGAAGUGAUCAAGGGGAACACGAACACCUACCUGGAGUCGAAGCACGAAUUGGAGCCGCCGAUGUGGGCGAGCAAGGUCCGUUUCCUGCCGUACAGCUACCAUCGGCGAACCGUUUGCAUGCGCGUGGAACUGUACGGUUGCCCUUGGAACGACGGAAUCGUGUCGUACUCGAUGCCACAGGGCGACAAACGCGGCAAUUGGGAGUUCUUCGACGCUACUUACGACGGAUACUGGGACGGCCAGCUUCUACGUGGCCUGGGACAACUGACGGAUGGCAAGAUCGGGCCGGAUAACUUCAAGAUGGGUUAUUACGAUUACGACAGGGGUCAGGGCUGGGUCGGCUGGAGAAACGACACCAGGUCCGGUCAUCCGCUCGAGAUCAAGUUCGAGUUCGACCACGUCAGAGAGUUCUCCGCUGUGCACAUUUACUGCAACAACCAGUUCACCAAAGAUGUUCAGGUGUUCUCCGAAGCGAGUAUAAUGUUCAGCGUCGGUGGUCGCUACUACACCGGCGACCCGAUCGUGUACUCGUACAUGGAGGACAGGAUCUUCGAGCACUCGAGGAACAUCUCGAUCAAGCUGCACCAUCGCAUCGGCAAGUUCGUCAAGCUGAGACUGAGCUUUGCCUCUCGUUGGAUCAUGAUCAGCGAGGUCACCUUCGACUCUGACGUCGCUCACGGCAACUUCACCCCGGAAGCGCCCCCCACGACCGAGGCGCCGAGAUUCCGGGAUCCAAUCUCGGCGCGUGACAAUCCACUUCAGGCCGAAGUGCCAGUGGCGAAGCAGGACGAUCCGACUUACAUGGCCGUGAUCAUCGGGGUCCUGACGGCUGUGAUCCUCCUAUUGGCCGUCGCGAUCUUCCUGAUCGUCUCGCGGCACAGACAACGAAAGAACUUCGCCAGCCCCUUGGGCGCCAAGAGCGCCAUUCCUUCUAGCAAUCAUCAGCACCUGUCCCCAGAGUCUGCGUACGGCACCACGGAGAAGGACCCUUCGUUGAUGACCUACAGAGUCGAGGAUCUCGACGAUCGGUACGCGGGAACCAAGUUGACGACGCUGCCCCGCGAUCUAAACGAUCGUCUGCUGGGCGACGUUCGAUUGGACGAAUACCAGGAACCCUUCCACGAGAACAAGUACCGGGAACCGCCUCACGCCGCUUAUUACGGUUAUAGUACCGUGGUUAUAGACAACAAGGACCUUCACGACAACGUCGAGCAGUCUGAUGCCACUUACGAUUACGCAGUACCAAUGCCCGUGCCUAGUGUAAGUAGCGACCAGGACAGCGUAUUCUCGAAGUCUUCAUCAAGGGGUAGCGCGAAAGCGUGCUUGCAGAGCUUUUUCCCUCCGCCGCCGCCUCCCAUGAGCGCGCCACCCCCACGAGGUUCCAGCAAUCUGACGUACUCGAAUCCUCCAAGCCCGGAGCCAGUCUGCGAGCGCGAUCGCAGAGGAAGCAAACGUCGCGAACACUCGUUGCACAGAUACGCGUAAGGAUCUCAGCAACCUGCAGAGCGCACGCCGCUGGAUCAAAGGUACGACAGAACAUCGUACUUGACGUAGAGAGAUCACGCGGUUGAUCCAACCCUUCAGCAUCCACGGGGUCCCUCAUAAAUCAUCGCGCGUUCCCACUCCAUUCUAUCAGACCACGGGAGUUCUCAGCGUCCGCAUCGAGUCACGAUUUCGAUUUGUACAUAAUCAAGCUCUAAUCAUCGAAUAAGCUUGGAACGAUCGGUUCCACGCGUUCUUUACGAAUCCGCAAAAGUAGCUGUGGAUGCUGAAGACGUAGCGAUAACGUACGCGCUGUUAGCGUCGACACGAAAAAGAAGAGAAGAAAACGACACGGGAGAUCGAAUCGACUGCAGGCGAGUUGUAAACUGCUUGGAAAUUUCAGGGCACACUGAUCAGAGGCGAGGGACAUUCUCUGAUAACGAACGAAAGAUCAGCGCACUUCUGACUCCUUCGUGCCUGUAUCUUGAUGUAAACCAGUUUCACACAAUUCGUACUAAAAUUGUGCGUGAAAUUGUGUGCUUCUUAAAGAAUUAUAAUUGCAUUUCUUACGAAUUUGCUUUCCAAACAGACUGAUUGAAUAUUUAAAAAAUAUAAUCACUGCAGCAAUGCACGAGCACAAAGGAGUCGAUGCGUUCUCCAUGCUGAAUUACAUUUCACGUUGAACGAAUGAAAGCUUAUCUGCGUAAGUGUCCCAGCGAAUGAACGCUGAGAAUGAAUCAUUAUGCAGAGUUUUCAUUCAUCCUUCGUCCGAAUCCGACACUGCCCGUCUCUGCAACCAAAUUAACCGAGAGUUCAAUGGAGCCUCGACGCAGUCGAUUUCAUUGCGAUCUUUCUCGACGAGCACUGCCAUUGGCGCACUUUCUGACCAUACUAUAUACCCAUAAGUAGGUGUACCUCGAGUCUCGUGCUCGAGAGGACUUAACCUACUUCCCGUAGGUAGGCGAACGUGUAACCGGAGUUGUAACUACAAUUGGCAUAUCAGUUUAACGACAACGCGCGAUAGCUGCGACGGCUCUUCUGGAAAUUCGAUUCUCGAAGCGUUCGCGAAGCCAACUGCGAUCCUUGUUAUCGACUCUUCGCAAUCUUUUGCUACUAUUAACUAUUUUCUGCCAUUUCUAAGGAGCACGGGGUGGACGCUUCCGCAAACGAGGAAAUUAGUCCGCAAAAUUUACAUAAAAUGAACACUCAUAUACGUUGCCUGCAAGAAAAUUUCUCUAAUUACCUCGUUUACUUAUAAUAGACGUUGAAACCACAAAAAGUGUUCGUAUGGUUUACGGAAAAGGGCAUGCAACUUUCUCCUUUUAUUCGACUUGCAGCCUUCAUUUGAAAGCAAAAUACUGUAUGGUAAUAACGCGAGCACCCUGUACAUCUUUCACUGCUUUUUCCCCCGAGAUACGUGAAAAAGUUAUUUCAACUCUCUCUUAAAUUCCAAGCUACGGGUGAGUUACAGGUUUCUCGAGCUCCGCCCCGGAGGAUCCGCCUAAAAAAAGAGUCAUAUUUUUCGUUGAUACAACGCACAGACAGUCGCACGUACACGCGUGCACAUAGACAUCCAAACAGUGCUCGCGUGCUGCGAACGUUUUUCCGCUCGGUGCAACAUUUCUUCCGCGCCGCGUGACCGCGCCGACAAAAAGCAAACGCAGCUUCGUUAGCGCGGAGUUCCGCGAAGGAAUUGUCAUUCGCGGUUCUUUUCGCGUUUCCGCGUUCCGUCGCUGCGGAAAAAUGCGCCGUGCGCGAUAAGGUAACCGCGGGCACCGACCAGAGAUAGGCAAAGUUUUAGUCGAUCCGUAAAUAACGAAUAAAACGUGGAGCAAUCUAUUCUUCCGACCUACCAGUUCAAUUUUUAGCUGUUCAUUGUGAAAUAUUGGUAACGGAUAUACGUUUUAUUCAUUAUUGGAACGAGUGAUGAGUGAAAGCGAUAUGCAGUAACUCAUUCGAAACGUUCUUUCAAUCGAAUUGAAUUCGUGUUUGUUCAUUGUGAAGUAUUUUAUUGUAUAAUGGAUUAAAUUGAAAUUUUUAUUUAACGAGUCACAGAUAGAUGCUCUUUUAAUCGGAUGAUAAAUAACUUGUGAAACCUGUUUGUAUUUAUUUGUGAUUCAUUUCCAAUUGAACACUUCAAUUUUUAAUUAUUCAGUCCAGGAUGCUAUAUUCUAUAAUUCGAAUUCUAACUUCAUUUUCACUUGAAUAGAAAUCUUCUAUCUUGAUCAGAGUCUUGACCAUUUCUGGCACCAAUCAUCAACCGCGGAUUUCCAGAAGCAGUUCCGCGGGUUUAACGGUUUUGUCUGUUCGACGCGCAUGAGCUACCGGAUCGAGCUCGCUAUCGAUCCGCGAAUGAGACGAACGAUAAAAUUGAACGAAACGAAAUGAACAAAUGAAACAGCUUUUUUUAAUAAGAAUGGUUCACGUUUAACUAAAAUUGUGGGAAGCGUCGAUCGCUGGAUCGCCGUCGAUUACUGGCACGUUUAUCCUAAUUGCCGUUAAUUGGCGUCUUGAUGGGCGGACGUUUCGAGUUUGGUGGCGUGUUCCGAACGUCAGUCUAUCGUCGCGAGCCAAGCGUGAAAAAGAAAAGAAACUGACGCGUGAUCGGCGGUGCUGGUAUCGAGCGUUCCCGUGUAGAAAAAGUUGGAGUCUAAAAGAUUCGCGAGGAGGACGAACGUGAACUUUAGCGAGCUUCGAUCCAGCUUCACACAAGACUGACGUCAAGUAAAUAAUUGAGUAUCCCGAGCGUGCAGACUGCGUACACUAUGCGCACGCGUGCACGUAUUCGUCGUAUUAUUUAUUAUUGCAGCAUAUAGCGCCCCUAACGAAUCUUUAAUUUAUAUACAUAUAUACAUACACGCGUAUAUAUGCGAUAUACACGAGAAGAAAUAUAUAUAUAUAUAAAUAUAAAUAGAUAUAUAUACGAAAAAAAUUGGUAAGACGUAAUAUCGGCGGAUUUUAAGCAUAUAAUAACGAUAUAUACAUAUAUAUAUAUCGUAUAAGCCCGACUUUAUUUCUCUAUUCACUUACCGACAUCGCCUUCAUGCAACGAGGAAAAUCGAGAGAUUAACCGACGUAAGGAAUCGACAAUACAGGGAUGAGACAACAAUAAUGAAAUACUUGUGUACGUAAAAGCGGGAAAAUUGUUGCGAGGAGUAAGUAAAUAAAUCGUGUACGGCGCGAACGAAGGAAAAACCGACCACAUUGUGAUAUAUUAAGAAAAUUAAUAAUAAUAAAGUAAAGCGAGAGGAACGGGAACCAGCUCGACAGCGACGAGCGAACGGGUGAACCGUAGACUUUCGUUGAACUUCUCGUGAAGAACGUGUUCCCUGUAUAUUCCGUUCGCCAUGCUUAAGCGACAAUCUAUUAUACGGUAACUCCUAGCAAGUUGUAACUCGCGAGGGAAAGAGACGAAACUUUAUACCAUUCACAAACACUGAUUUAUUUUGCUGAAAUGUUUUUCUUUCGAUCCAGAUACUAUAAAUAACGCGUGAACUGGACUGCGCAACUUUAGCGAUACUUUUUGAUCGAUUAUAAGAAAAAUAUACGCAAGUUCAAGAACUCAUAACUUCUU